GCGGUUGAUUUUACCUUCAAAAAACUGAUUUGUUCAAUUACCCUUGCGUUAGGGUGAUAUACGAGAGGAACGACGGACGAGUGACGUCGAGCAAUCUUGCAACCAUUAAAUGCUUGGUUAUGCUGGAAUUAAGCUAAACACCCAAAGGGAUGAACAAUCAUGUUUUUUCAAAGAUGGAUUUUAGUGUACGGUUUACUGUUUUUAUGGACGUGUGAAGCUAGUCUGGGGUCGAUACUGCCUCGAGUUCGUAGGACUGUUACCAGCUGCAGAGUAGAAAUGAAUAAAGGACAAAAAUACGCCAACAUUUUGGAUCUAAGAACAAAUGCUGGUGUAUGCCAAGAAACAUCUUCGAUCUGUGAUACCGUUGGAAUUUUGAACAUGACGGAAGAAUAUCAACUAAAUGAUAUGAUUCGGAGUCUAAGAAGGGAAGUACCCUGUUUACCAUAUCUAUCCUGCCGGUCAAAAUGGGACGGGAUUUGCAUAUCUAUCACUUUAGUCUCUAGAGUAUUAAUUCCAGAAGGAUCCUCUGUUGCCACAGAACUCUACAGAUGUGCAGAAAAACUAGAGAUAGACGGGAAGAACUCUGACAUUUGUGAAAAUAGACUUUUGAUCGUUUAUUCUCAGUGCGACAUGCAGAUGUCAAUUUAUGCAAAACCAAUGGCAGUGUCAUGGGCGAAUUCGUUCUGCAUUAACAAGUUGCUACGUGAGAGUCAGACAUAUUUCAAGGCAGACGACUAUUUUGGAGGACUUCUAUACGUUAUAACAAGUUUAAAGAACGAAUUUUUAGGGUUUGGUUGCCGGCCAAACAACAGCAAGAACUUCGAGGAGAAAACUCAUCUUUACAGGACCAAUGAAGAAAGUCAUUAUGAAGAGAAUGUCACCUUCAACAGGACUCAAUUCCAAAAUGUAUCAUUUAUUUGCUCCAAGAAUCGUUUAUUCACAGAUACAGCAAAAUAUGUCGACAAACCCGAGUCCAGCGCUCAGAAACAUACUAUCCACACCGCCCAUGACUCUGGUCAUACUACCAUUUACUCCGGGGCUGGGGGCCCCGUCAAAGACAAGGAAACAACUGCACAAAUAGCGUGGUGGGUGAUUGUGCUUAUAGUAUUAGGACUGUGUAUCUUGGUCACAGUCGUCAUCACCGGUCUCCUCUGUUGUUGUGGCUGCGAAAAAUACAUGGCCUCAGGAGGACCCGAUCUGUCAGCUAGACAGCGAGCGUGGACGGUAUAACUUAGACCGUUGAUUAUACAUGAAAUGCGUUAAUUUUUAUUUUAUUCAAAGCACCGUUAAGUGAAGCUGCA